AAAACGCGUAAACAGAGAGUCAACAUGUAAACAGGCCACUCGCGAGACAAACAACGUGGGGGCCGCGGGCUGUUCACCGAACGAAGCAGCCAGGCUUUCGCCUGUUCCGCUCGUACGUACGUACGUACGUACGUUCGUUCGUUCGUUCGUUCGUUCGUUCGUUCGUUCGUCCGUUCGUACGUUCUCCUCUCUUCUGUUGGCGUUUCGUUCGUGUGUGCUUCGUUUCCGUCCAUCGGUCCGUCUGUUUCUCUCGGUGUAUGUUGGCACUCCGGCGUGUGUCGGAUUUAUCGAAUCUUGUGGUGGCGUUCGUCGACGGGUACCGGCGUGUUCCAACCGAGCCGAGUCAAGCAUCGAUCGCGGUUACCUCGCUCGUUUCAGUUGCACGGAUAACGCGCGGCCGAUAACUGUUUUAAAAGCGGUUGAAAUCGAUCGUGAGACCGAUUCGCUCCCAUUUUCCAGCGGCGUGACUUCAAGGUCGGCACCGUAUUUCGGCAAAGUGCGCUCGGCGUGCGACCCGCCGUUUGACCCGCCGUUCGAUUCGCUGUCGUUCUUGCUGCACGUGAUUUUUUUUCCUUUCUUUUUUCUUUUUUUUUUUUUUUUUUUACGAGAGUGUGACUCGUGUCAUCGAUGAAAAACCAGAGUUUAUUAGUCUUGAAUAUCAAUAAACCUUUGCCAGCUAUCACGCGAUGUAAAGUGAAAGUUCAUCGGUCAAUGUACUUGAAAAUUUUCGUGAAGGUUCGAUUUAUUGUUGAUAAGGAGUUUAGCGGGGAAGUGCGAAGUACAUACGAAGUCACAUCGGUGAUAUGGUACGUUUUGUUUACUCGGCUCGCGUUCAUUCUCGUUCGUAGUUCAGUGGACCGUCGUUUAGUGUGGUGUUGAUAGUUUUUGCCCCUCAGAUACCUCAGACCUGUUCAGACCUGCCAUACCCGAAGAUCAAAUAGUUUUGCUCUUGCGUUUGUCUCGGUACGCAGAAUGUUAGCUAGUUUCCCGGUGAUGACGCAAGGUUCUAUCGCGUUCCGCGUUACCGGAAAAUCGAUUAGUGUUUGUUCGUGCACGUGAAAAUCGGUGGCAUCGUGGAAAUUGGAUAUACAGAGUGCAGAGAGCAGAGAGCAGAGAGAUAGAGAGAGAGAGAGAAAGUGAGAGUGAGAGUGAGAGAGAGACAACAUUCCUCCUCGUCAACAGGUGUACGCCUUAAUGAUACACCGAUGAGACGAUGGAGAUUGCUGUUAACAUCCGUGUACAUUGAAGAGGAGGUGCUCUGCGUUCUCGCGUGAAUCAUUAGUUUCUUGCAGCGGUCUGCUACCACGUGAGUCAGUGGUGUAUACUUCCCAGGCUUCUGAGACAGAGUGACAUGGCUUGUUAAUGGACACAUCGGUGAGAAUCCGUUCGACAACGGUUCGUGGGGAAAGGAGCAGUUCCAACCUUCGACGGUUCCUUGGCAGCUGAAUCCGCGCGGCCACGCUCGUCCCAGUGACGAUGGCAUAAUGGAUCAUGACACAGACGGAGACGGCGCGAUCAACUUGUCAACGUCACAGCGACCCUCCGCCGCCACCACCCCUAACGGUGACACCCCCUCGUACGGACAAGAUCAACAAGACAACGACCAGGCUACUUCGCUGUUUGCAGCCCUGAAGCAGCAGCAACAGCAACAGCAACCGCGCGACAGUGUUCCCUCGUCGAGGGAACGCGAAAACCGAGAACGAGAUCGGCUGUCGGUCCGUGGCCGUGAGAACAACCGGAACGAGAUAGGUAGCGGCGUGGCAGAGCAAUCGCAGCAACAGCAGCAAUCACAGCAACAGCAGCAACAGCAACACCAGCAGCAUCAGCAACAACAACAACAACAACAACAACAACAACAACAACAGCAACAGGAGCUCACGAUCGAGUAUCAGAGCAAUGGAAAGCUCAGUCCCGCUGGGCACGCAGUGACAGCAGCACCCAUGACCCAGCAAAAGCAGCCAAUUAUCACGCAGCAGUCGCAACAGCCGAGCUCGGGGGCGCCUGGUCCCCAACCGAGUCCUCAUCAGAGUCCGCAGGCCCCUCAGAGGGGUUCGCCGCCGAAUCCUUCGCAAGGUCCUCCACCAGGGGGACCGCCAGGGGCACCACCCUCGCAAAAUCCCUCGCAGAUGAUGCUCAACCCGGCUAGCGGUAUCCAUCAGAUGCAACAGCUACUCCAACAGCACAUACUCAGUCCUACUCAGCUGCAGUCAUUCAUGCAGCAACACUCGCUCUAUCUGCAGCAACAGCAACAGCAACACCAUCAGGACUCAACGUCGGAGCAUGCGUCCAAUCAGGAACGAUUCGGCUACUUUUCGUCUCUAAAGGACGUAAGUAUUCUUCCAUUCUUCGAACCUUCAUUGUUACAGGCGGCGGUAUCUCAAGUUUCGUAGCUCGAUUCUUCCAAG